GCGGCAGCGCGCCCUAACCCUGGAUAUCGAAUUAUUCUUCUUCCAUUUUACUAGGGGCAGUGCUCUCUGUCUUUCUAGGGUUUAUUCUAAUUCUCAGUCUCUGUAGAGCGUUAAAAAAAAAAAACACUUUUUGUGAUCAGUUAUUUGAUUCUCUGCUGCAGAAUUUCUCUUCUUCCAUUAGUAGCCGUAAAUGGCUCUACUUUUCAAGGAUCCAGCAAAGCUAUCUGCAUAUAGGGAUAGAAAGUUUCCAGGAAAUCAAGAGGAAUUUGAACAUGCACUUUUAACUUCUACUACUGUUUACAUUGGGAACAUGUCCUUCUACACUACUGAAGAGCAAGUUUAUGAACUUUUCUCUAGAGCUGGAGAAAUUAAGAAGAUAAUUAUGGGUUUAGAUAAAAAUACCAAAACCCCGUGUGGAUUUUGUUUUGUUUUGUUUUACUCUAGAGAAGAUACUGAGGAUGCAGUUAAGUAUAUAAGUGGGACUAUUCUUGAUGAUCGUCCAAUUCGUGUUGAUUUUGACUGGGGAUUCCAAGAAGGAAGGCAAUGGGGCCGUGGUCGAAGUGGUGGCCAGGUUAGAGAUGAAUAUCGUACAGACUAUGAUCCUGGCAGAGGUGGUUAUGGAAAAUUGGUUCAGCGUGAGCUGGAGCAAAGACAGCUUGUUGAUUAUGGAGCUGGGUCAUUGGGCUCUUUCCCUCCAGUUAUGCCACCGCCUCAGUAUGGCAGACAUGGUGGAAGUGGUCAUGGUGGUUUCCAACGACAUGGUAGAGAUUACCAUCGGAAGCGGUUCCGAGAUGAUGACCGCCAGGCACGUGAGCCUUCAAGGAGAACCUCAGAUCAUGAAUCGAGGAGAAACAAUGAUCCUGACUCCCGACCGGAGAAGAAUCCGCGUUUCCGUGAGAGUGGCAAUUCUGAUGAGGAGGAGGAAGAUGAUCGGAAGCGACGAUCUUAGCAGUAGCAUUCGUGUACUAAAUGUAGUGAAGAAUAUUUAUACCAAACAAGGACCACAACAUGUUCAUGCAACUGCCAAAGGCUCUAUUUCUCUCUCUCUCUCUCUCUCUCCAAGUUUGCUAUAGGAGAUUUUAUAACAUGAAGCUGUUGACCAUCUGAGAUUUGAGCUUGCCGUUGUAUAUGUAGUUGAGAUUUGUGAAAUUAUUUGAUCCUUGUACAAUGCUAAUUUGCAUUGUUUUUUCUGCUUU